ACUUCGCAUCUCUCUGACUGCGAUGAUUAUCUCUCUUCCAUGAGAUUAAUCACGCGGAUCUAUAGAAGCAUAUUCGCAUCUAAAAACUUAGUCUUUCCCUUCUUUGUAGUCUCCUCCGAUGAUUAUCUCAAUAGAACCGUCGUUGUUCUCCCAUGAGAUUAAUCACGCGGAUCUAUGGAGGCAUAUUCAUAUCUUAGAAUUUAGCCUUUCGGUUCUUUAGAGUCGCCUCUGAUGAUGAUAAACUGCGAUGAUUAUCUCAAUAGAACCGUUUUUGUUCUCCCAUGAGAUUAAUCUCGCAGAUCUAUGGAGACAUAUUCAUAUCUUAUUCUUUAGAGUCGCAUCUGAUGAUGAUUAACUGCGAUGAUUAUCUCAAUAGACCCGUCGUUUUUCUCCCAUGAGAUUAAUCACACGGAUCUAUGGAGGCAGAUAACUUUGCCGUCGUUUAUCAUCAUCUCGCCUCCGAUGAUGCUAAUCUCAAUAUUUUUUUCCCAGAUCUGAUUUCAUUGGGCUUGUUACUAAUGUGGGCUUUGAUAAACAAUUAGUUGAGCUUUGUUAAAUGAUUUUGGGCUUUGAUAAAAUACUUAUUGGGCUUUGAUAAAUGGUUUUGGGCUUCGAUAAAAUACUUGUUGGGCUUUGAUAAACUAUUAGUUAGGUUUUGAUAAAUGGUUUUAGGCUUUGUUAUAUUGCACCCUGUUACAUUGCGCCCAUAUUUUAUUAUGCGCCCAUUUACUUUGUGGCCACGUAUUUUUUUAUUUAUAAAUAGCUGUAGUCGCAGUCACUCUUUUUCAUUCACUCCUUUCAUAUUUAUAAUAAAAUGAAAUUCUUAAAAAGGUUUUGUGGGUUAGGGUUUUGUGGCUUGACUAAGAUAGGCCGCGGCAAUGCUGCAUCUGGAUCUCUGAUUCCGACUCCUUUCCCUGCAGACUCCUUUCCCCGAUCACCGAGUCUUUUCCCCACCCCCUCUCCGAGUCCUGUCACCAACACCUCACCGACUCCGUUCCCCACCACCUCACCGACUCCGUUCCCCACCACCACCUCACCAACUCCUUCCCCCACUCCCUCACCGAGUCCUAUCCUCAUCCCUUCACCGACUCCUUUCCUCAUCUCUUCACCGACUCCAUCUCCAGUACCCCCUACCGAGAUUUUUCGUAGACGUAUCCCUAGAUUUCGCUCUCGCUCGUUUUCUCCCCAUCUUGUUAACAAUCCCCGAUCUCCCACCCUUUCCCCCGAACGAUCUCCUACUCCAUCUCCCAAUCUCUCCCCCGAGCUAGUUACCACACCGCCCAAUCCACUAACCACUCCCUCUGGCUCUCUUUCUCCCCCACCUGUUCAAGAUUUUGCCAACUUUCCUCUUGGAACCUUUCCUUCUGACCUAUCCCGGUACGAUUUUGGAUCCAGUCAGAUUCUGUCUGACUACCCAAUCUCGCCUGAGACUCCUCUUUUGGGUGCAGACGAUAUGCCAGAAGGGAUUGUGGGGGUUGUUCUCAACUUUCCCAACAAAGUUGUGAGAACACCCUCAAGGGUUGUUCAUGUUACGACCCCCUCUAGUGUUGUUCACCAUGGACACGGAAUUUUUACUCCCGAACAUCUUGCUGAGGAUUUCGAAUUUCCAUAUGGGGGUACAAUACAUGUUGGGAAUGGAGGUGCGGUUUAUGUUGCACGGUGGUCAGAUCUGACUGAGGCACCCGAUGGUGUCUCAAUAGCUGUACCGAUUGGAGGAUAUGCCAAGUUUUUCCUGAGCAAUGAAAAAUUAGCUUUGUCUCUUUCUUAAUAUCUAUUUAUAUUUCUGUCGUUGGGUCUCGUAAUAUCUAAUUAUCUGUUUUUUUUUUAAUUUCUGUCGCUGGGUCUGUUUGUAAAAUACCUAUGACUUGUUCCUCUAAGUUUCUGUAGUUGGGUCUCUUAAUAUCUAAUUAUCGAUGUUAUGAAUAUGAUAAUGAUUUGAUAAAAUCAUUUACUUGUUUUA